AGCUUCUCAUGACGACUGCUGCUGGUUGCGGGCGAGUGCAAGGCGCAUGUUUCUCUCCACGAAAAAAGUAGUGAACCGAAAGACUAAAAAAAAGUUCUAAAAAUAGCCACGGUGCGUAGCCCACGCCCACAGAGUCGUCAACCUGGCUGGGAGUAGCAGCCUCACCAUUGACCGCCCUAACAAGCACUACCAAAAGACUGAAACGCCGACCAGCCAACGAGCAAAGGGAAGAAAGAAGAUGGCCAGCACCGGCGAGAUCUGGUUGCAGUGGUUCUCCUGCUGCUUCCAGCAGCAGCGCUCCCCAUCCCGCCGCCCACACCAACGCCUGCGCAUCGACCGGUCCAUGAUCGGCAAUCCCACCAACUUCGUCCACACGGGCCACAUCGGUUCGGCGGACGUGGAGCUGUCGGCCAACCGCCUCAACGCGAUCUCAACCCAGAUGCAGAGCAAGGGCGGCUACGAGACCAACUCGAUACACUCGCUGCAUGCCUGCUGAUGGAAGCCCACAAUCACCUCGCUACAUCCCCUCCCCUCCCCAAUCCCCGCUAUAAAAUGCAUCUCGUGUAAUUUGGUUUCACCGAAGGGAGCGGAGCAGUAUAAAAACUUUUUACAAUUCUUUGUUGUGGCGUGUUAUCAGGCCAAGAUGGCAAAAACCAAGAGGGCGGGGCCAAAGGUGCACAGUGCUGGAAACCACAGGGGAUUUUGAAUAAAGCACAUUUGAAUUAGGAUCCAGAUGGAAACCAGACGAAUACCCGACAACGGAUUGCAUUCCGACUUAGAUCCGCGGGCCGCAUUGUGUUCCAAGUACAGAAUUUGCGCUUAUUUGCUUUUUGUGAGUAUUAGCUAAAUGAAAAAUCGCAAAAAGAGUGCCAACCGACUAAAACCAAUCAACACUUGAGCCUAAAACUAAAAAUAUAUAUAUAUAACAUUA